AUGGUUUCUGAGCUUGAUUCUUCCUCACUUCAGGCAGAGCUAGAGCUCUCUCUAGAGGAGAGUCGGCAGAGUGCAAGAGCGGCUCAGGAGUCUCUGAGUGAAAAAGAGACGGAACUGAAAGAGCUGCGAUCGCAGAAAGCUUUAGACCAGGGACUGGUGUCCAAAGAAGACCAUGAGGCCCAGAGACUCUCCCUACAGGCUGAGAUCAAUACCCUGAUGGCCCAGUUAGCCGAUCUAGCACGCAAGCACGAGAAGACAUGCACUGAGGUGUUCCAGGUGCAGCGGGAGGCUUUAUUUAAUAAGAGCGAGCGUCAGGUGGCUGAAUCCCAGCUGGAGGCAGUUAAAAAGCAGCUGGCGGAUCUUCAGGCCGAGUCCACCCACAUUCAACAGCUGCACCAGGACAUCCAAGACUCGCAGGGGCUCAUCAAGGAGAAAGACCGCAAGAUCACAGAGUUGUCUAAGGAGGUUUUUCGUCUGAAGGAGGCUCUGGGGGCUUUGACUCCUCCACUGGCACGUUCUCCAUCGCCACCAUCCUCAGGGAUACCUGGACAACAGUUGGCACUGCAGAACCGUGUAACCUCAUUAACACAGCAACUCCAGGUGAGC